UCUCUGCGGAAAGGCUCCGCUUUACCGGAACUCUCGGGAUAUUUCUAAUCCCACAUAAAAGUGCAGUGCGCAGACCUUGGCACAGCGGGACUUUGCGAGUGUCAUGUAUUUAUCAGGAACUACAAACUUUACGCACGAGCUCGAGCCCAAUAGUACGGGCGUGAAGGCUUCUCUGCACGGAGCGGGGCGCGUACUGCUGCCGGUGCUCAUGUUCGCUGUGGGCGCCGUGGGGAACCUCGUGGCCAUCGCUGCGCUGUCGGUGUCACAGCGGGAGCGAAAGUCCUCCGCUUUCUACACGCUCGUGUGCGGGCUCGCGGUAACGGACCUGUUGGGCACGUGCCUGGCCAGCCCCAUCACCAUAGCCACGUACCUGGGCGCGCACGUGCUGCAGGACGAUCGCAUGUGCGCAUUCCACUCCUUUUUGCUUUUAUUCUUCAGUUUGGCUGGACUCAGCGUCAUCUGUGCCAUGGCUGCGGAGCGAUACGCCGCUAUCUGCUGCGCGUUCACGUACCGCCGGUGUCGUGUGGGCCGCAGUUUUGCCCAAAGGGUCCUCCUGGGCAUCUACCUGAGUCACGCUCUCUUUUGUUGCCUCCCAGCCAUGGGCAUGGCGCGCAGCCAGCUGCAGUUCUCGCACACCUGGUGCUUUAUUGAAUGGCGCUCGUGGGCCACCGUGACGCGCGCGUACACUGUGCUGUACGGCGGCACGAGUCUCCUGCUUAUCCUCGGGACCAUAUUCCUGAACCUGGCCGUGUGCGGGGCUUUGCUGCUCAUGCGCAAAAGGACCGUAACGCGCCCGGUGACCAGAGCCAGUGUCCGCGAGCGCUGGAGAGCCUUGUCCUCCGCCGCAGAGACGCAGAUGAUCGCCGUGCUCGUGACUACCUCUGCAGUAGUUCUCACGUGCUCUGCACCACUCGUGGUGCGCGUGUUUGCCAACUGCUCCAUGCUCGGGCCUGAUCCGGCCGCAGACUUGGCCGCCAUCCGCAUCGCCUCCGUUAACCCCAUUCUGGACCCGUGGAUCUACAUCCUGCUGCGAAGGUCUCUGUUCCGCCGCUUGCGCACUGUGUCAAAGAGGAGACGCAGCGGAGCGCGCACUAGCCCCCCACCGUCUCCUCAGACCAAUCUGUUUUACCCGGACCUCACGAGGGACGGUCACGUGAUCACACAGCUCAUGUGCAGCGCCAACAUCAUCUCACAGCUACCCACGGCCGUGAAAGUGCCCACCAAGGGGGAGCUCACACGGACGUAACUGUCCCCAGGACGCACAGGGGAAUACCUGGAAUGGUGCGGUCUCAUGGAUUACCCAUAAAAGACAUGUUUCAGCGUCUGGGAGGAGGACAGGCCGGAGGAGAACGUGUGCGCACGCGGAGAGCUACAUGUGAAGCUGCUAAAGGGCUCCUCUUUUUGGAGUAAGCCUCAGAGCCUGGGGUGUUACUGGAGACUCUUCACUGACCCUUCAGCGCCCGAGGGCGUCCGUGAGAAGCAGCGGUGUAAGGCUCUGACUCCGUGUGACACUGAGAGUCCGGCCUCGGAUCUACCUUUAAGAAAAAAUCUGAACUACAAUAAACCAGUUACUGUGACUUCAAAAGGUGCCGUGUGCGUAAUCUGUGUGCGUUUCCAAAUUGUGCACUAGAUGGCGCAAAAAAAAACAACAACAAAAACACAAGCUUUUAUUGCCACUGGGGUGAGAAUCUUAAUUUGUCUGUGACCUUCCACACGCACAUUUGUCCUGAAAGUUUAGAUUUCUAAAAACAGAGUUUACUCAACAAUAAACUAGACUUACACAACCCUAUAAGGAGGCUUACAAUGUGUACAAGAGGUUGUCUUGUGGACGUAAUCUUUUGUGUAAUGUUUUGAAACUUCUUAUGCACU